UCCAACAUUUUCCUCAGUUUGACGUUAUCAUCUUGAUGACUAACAUCAAUCUCGGUUCUUCCGACAAGCAGUAGCAAUUUUGGCAGGAUUCACAUCCUUUGCUAGCAAUCACCCAGUACCACCACCGGAGUAUAGUGGAUUUUAGGUCGUGUUUUGGGUAUAGAAAAGUAUCGUUGUGUUCUAAUUUUACAAAAUUUAUACCAAGGAAGCACGUGCGCACUUAAGAAAGUCGCACGGUUGAGAAAAAAUUGAUAUAAAAAUAAAUAUUCGAAAAAAGUAUUUGAUUGUGUGUCUGGACAAAAAAAAGUGAGCAAAAUGCAAAACGUGGUGGAUUGCAAAGAACACAUGCCCAAAGCCGAUACCAUCCGGCUGCGAAACAAACAUAUUGGCAAAUCUUGCCAAUUGUUCUACAAAACCGAUCCGUUGAAAAUAGUUCGUGGCCAGGGCCAGUAUAUGUAUGACGAAGAAGGGUCACGCUAUCUCGACUGCAUCAAUAACGUCGCACAUGUUGGCCACUGUCAUCCGAAAGUGGUAGAAGCAGGUUCCCGCCAGAUUGCUACUCUGUCUACCAACAAUCGUUUCCUGCACGAUGAGCUGGUUAAGUGCGCGCAAACGUUGACCGAUAAAAUGCCAGGAAAUCUGUCGGUAUGCUACUUUGUCAACUCGGGCUCCGAGGCCAACGAUCUGGCACUGCGAUUGGCGCGACAGCACACCAAGCGCCACGAGGUUAUCACCUUGGACCAUGCUUAUCACGGACAUGUGUCUGCGGUGAUGGAAAUUUCCCCGUAUAAAUUCAAUCAGCCCGGCGGCGACCCCAAACCAGAUUUCGUACACGUAGCACCUUGUCCGGAUGUCUAUCGGGGAAAGCAUCGCGAUUGCGACUAUCCCGAGGGUACCGACAUGGGUCAGUUGUACGUCGAUGAGGUUGCCCGGCUCGUUGAGAGUAGCCAGACUGGAAUCGCGGCCUUCAUCGCCGAGAGUUUGCAGAGCUGUGGCGGACAAAUCAUUCCACCGAAGGACUACUUCAAGAAAGUGUACAAAAUAAUACGUGACGCGGGUGGCGUAACUAUCGCUGAUGAGGUGCAAGUCGGCUUCGGCCGUAUCGGAACUCACUAUUGGGCGUUUGAGCCGCACGAUGUCAUUCCUGACAUUGUAACCGUUGCCAAACCGAUGGGCAAUGGACACCCGGUCGGUGCUGUCGUCACAACACCAGAAAUUGCAGAAAGCUUCGCUUCCACGGGAGUGUGCUAUUUCAAUACGUAUGGUGGAAAUCCGGUUUCCUGUGCCAUUGCCAACGCCGUGAUGAGCGUUAUCGAUGAAGAAAAUCUACAAGAUAACGCCUUCAUCGUGGGAAAGUACCUCUUGGACCAGUGCCGAUCUCUCCGUUAUGAAUACGACGUUGUUGGCGAUGUUCGUGGAACGGGUUUGUUUGUCGGUAUCGAAUUGGUCACCAAUCGCAAGGAAAGAACUCCUGCCACCAAGAUGGCCAAGGCAGUUGUGGAUAGGAUGAAGAAUACGCACAAAAUUCUCGUCAGCAGUGACGGGCCCAACGACAACGUGAUCAAGCUAAAGCCUCCCAUGGUGUUUAACGCAGAGAAUGCUGACGAAUUUCUGUACGGCUUCCGCGAAUGCCUAACGUAUCUGGAAAAUUUGGAAAAAUCGCAGCACACAGGAAACCCAGAGGUACGCGCCGUUUUAACGAUACCUGUGCCAGCUACCGGAGGACUUUGCAGUCUCGCAAAUAGUACAAUCAGUGAGAAGCGUGAAAAGUUAAUCAAAUCAGUUUGAACUCAAAUUUUUCAUAUUGUAUAUUUUUCUUUGAUAAUAUGAUUUCAACUACUAAUGUUCAUUAAUUUUGUUGAAACUUAGAAUACUUAUUUGUUUAAAAAUAGGUGAGCUUACUACUUCCAAACUGCUUUAUACUCUGAAGGAAAUUUCUUCAAUAAACAAAUAAUCUCA